AAAUAAAUAAAAAGAUAGUUAACGCGCUACCAAGAGGCAGUAAGACCGCAAAUGUUAGCUGCUUGCUUGGCUUAAGGCUUAAGCUGCUGAAGGCAGACGCCACCAUCGUGCAACAUUCUUGUUCUUUAAUUUUUUUUUGUGCUGGGGUUGCGUUUCUUGUAUUGUUGUUUUAUUUACGUAUGCGCGCGCGCAUCUACAAAGUUGUAAAAAUAUAUUCACUGCAAAUAACUCGCCAACUUUUAUCGAUUGAAAUAUCAAACAACAACAACAACAAAUAAAUAAAUACAAACAUAUUAAGAAUUAAGGAAAUACAUAGCAACACAUUUUGUUGCGUUAGGGGAAGUGCGUCGCAUCUGCUAGACUGAAGACUGGUCGCCGCUAGCGGAUUGCCGCAAUUGCGGCGCCAUGGAUCAUUCCGUGAAUGCGACGCGCGGCCGCCCGCUUAACACGCUGCGGUUCGAGAACGACGAACUGGAAUGUCUGUACCAACGGUAUACGCUGAAGUUGCAACGCUUCUCGGUGCUGGGCGUUGUGGCGCUGGUCGUAGUGCUGUGUGGGGUCAUGGCCGCCCUGUCAUUGGCCUUCAACAAUGCCCCAACCUUUCAUAACAUAUUUAAUGGCAUUGUUUGCCUGCUGUUCGCCAUUGUGCUGGUGCUGCUACAAUGCUCCAUCAUCAAGGAUCACCAUUUACCGAUACUGUGCUACGGGAUUUUGCUUUUCACCGCCAGCAUCUGCAUUGUGUCGAUGCCGACACUGGGAAGUGUCUUUCCCGUCGACACCAAGGAGGUUAUGGCCGAGGGCGUCUGGCAAAUUGUGUUUGUAGUCUUUCUGGCCUAUGCCAUGAUGCCGCUCCAAAUCUGGGAGGCGGUCACCUUUGGGAUUGUUGUGCCUUCGGUGCAUAUUAGUCUGACGGUGUACAAAAUCUUCACGGACUCGUUUCGCUAUUUGGAGUACAACCAGCUGAUUGCCAACAUUGUGGUAUUCAUUGGCGUCAAUGUCGCUGGCUUGGUGGUAAACAUAAUGAUGGAAAGGGCACAGCGUCGCGCUUUUCUCGACACGAGAAAUUGUAUUGCGGCGCGUCUCGAAAUACAGGAUGAGAAUGAGAAGCUCGAGCGUUUGCUUUUGUCCGUUUUGCCCCAGCACGUGGCCAUGCAGAUGAAGAACGACAUCUUGUCACCAGUGGCCGGCCAAUUCCAUCGCAUCUACAUACAGAAGCAUGAGAAUGUGAGCAUCCUCUUUGCAGAUAUUGUCGGCUUUACGGUACUCUCGUCUCAGUGCAGUGCACAGGAGCUGGUGCGACUCUUGAACGAGCUCUUUGGACGGUUCGAUCAGCUGGCGCAUGACAAUCAUUGCCUACGCAUCAAGAUCUUGGGGGAUUGCUACUAUUGUGUCUCUGGGCUGCCGGAACCGCGCAAGGAUCAUGCCAAGUGUGCUGUGGAAAUGGGACUGGACAUGAUUGAUGCCAUAGCGACCGUUGUGGAGGCCACAGAUGUCAUACUGAACAUGCGUGUGGGCAUUCAUACGGGUCGAGUGCUCUGCGGGGUCCUAGGUCUGCGCAAAUGGCAGUUCGAUGUCUGGUCCAAUGAUGUGACGCUGGCCAAUCAUAUGGAGUCGGGCGGGGAGCCAGGACGCGUGCAUGUAACUCGCGCGACCCUGGACUCGCUGUCCGGUGAAUACGAAGUGGAGGCAGGACAUGGGGACGAACGCUCCUCCUAUUUGCGGGACCAUGGCGUGGACACGUUCUUCAUUGUGCCGCCGCCGCAUCGGCGCAAGCCAUUAAUGCUAAGCACGCUAAGCGUACGCUCGGCCAUCGGUAGUCGCCGCAAACUCUCAUUUAGAAACGUUUCCAAUGUGGUCAUGCAGCUUCUUCACACCAUCAAGUUCUCAGAGCCAGUGCCGUUCUCCAACAUAGCCACCGGCUCGUUUCCACCGUCGGCGGGCAGCGGCGUUGUUGGGGCACGUGGCAGCACAGCAGAUGCCUCCGCUGCCAGCGUUCAGGUGGCAGAGAAGGGGCUACGAAAGUCGUCCAAGGUGGCCGACAAAUUCAAGCGACCCUUCCGUAAACGACACUCGGUGGCGGCCCACCAUCAGCCCACCAAUCGGGUCAAUCGUUUCCUCUCGCAGGCCAUCAAUGCACGGUCCGUGGACUGCGACAAGUCGGAGCAUGUCGACAGGCUGACGUUGCGCUUUCGCCAGAGCGAUAAGGAGCGCGAAUACCACAAAGAUUUCGACUUGGGCUUCACCACAGCCAUGGGCUGUUCCCUGCUGUUGCUCAUCCUAGGCGCGGCUUUGCAAGUUACGGCCUUGCCACGCACCCUAAUUCUGCUGCUGCUCUUUCUGACCGCCUUCAUUUGGGUGAGCGCCAUUCUAAUGCUGCUGCUGGCGGUACGCCUCAAAUGGAUUAUAUGGGACAUAUCCGAAAGCUUCACUCUACGCAUGGCCAUCACGAUUUUCACGAUCAUACUUAUAUACUCCGUGGGGCAAGUAAAUGUGUUCACGUGCGUGUCCGACCAUCCCUGCUCGAGCAAUGGGACCAUUGGCACGCUGCCCAGCAAGGAUCAGGACUUUAUGCAGAUCGAGUCACAUCGGAAGUGCUCGUUGCCACAGUAUGUCUCUCUCUCCGCAGCGUUUGCUUUUCUCUCCGUGUCCGUCUUUCUCAGACUUCCUAUCGUUUUUAAGUCGCUGCUGGUGCUCGGCAUGGGCAUUAUUUAUGGCCUCUUCAUUGAGCUUUCGCAUCAAAAUAUCUUCGAGUGCUACGACAGUCGUGUCAACGCUUCCAUUCCGCUCCAUUUGAUCUCAUUGGCGCGCAUUGUCAUCUUUAUGAUUGCAAUUUUGGUGCACGGCCGGAUGGUGGAGGGAACGGCACGGCUUGACUUCCUCUGGCAGCUGCAGGCCUCACAGGAGAAGAAGGAGAUGGACGUAUUGCAAGAGUCCAAUAAGCGUAUUCUGCAUAAUUUGCUGCCCGCUCAUGUGGCUGCACAUUUUCUCGAUGCACAAUUUCGCAACAACAUGGAGCUAUACCACCAAAGUUAUGCCAAAGUGGGCGUCAUCUUCGCCAGUGUUCCUAACUUCAACGAGUUCUACACUGAAAUGGAUGGCUCCGAUCAGGGACUGGAGUGCCUGCGUCUGCUUAACGAAAUUAUUGCGGAUUUCGAUGAGCUGCUUAAAGAGGAUCGCUUCCGAGGCAUCGACAAAAUAAAGACCGUGGGCAGCACCUACAUGGCAGUGGUGGGCCUGAUACCAGAGUACAAGAUACAGCCCAACGAUCCCAAUUCGGUGCGUCGACACAUGACCGCUCUCAUUGAAUAUGUCAAGGCGAUGCGUCUGUCUCUUCAGGAGAUCAACAGUCACUCAUAUAACAAUUUUAUGCUGCGCGUGGGAAUCAAUAUUGGACCCGUAGUGGCGGGGGUAAUUGGAGCGCGGAAGCCUCAGUAUGACAUCUGGGGCAACACGGUCAAUGUGGCAAGUCGCAUGGACUCGACUGGCGUACCUGGCUACUCACAGCUAACCCAGGAGGUGGUGGAUAGUUUGGUCGGUUCGCACUUUGAGUUUCGCUGCCGCGGCACGAUCAAGGUGAAGGGCAAAGGCGACAUGGUCACCUAUUUUUUGUGUGAUAGCAACAGCAAUGCGCUGAAAAGCGAAGUGCGCAAUGCGAUGAUAUCGAGUCGGCCAGCGCCGAAUUCGAAAGCCCAAGACACCCAGGCGCUACAGAUGUACGCACACCCCACAGAGUAUUAUCAGAAGAAUACUGGGUUCGGUGACAAGAGCUUUCACAAUGUUAACAUGGACACCUACAGCAUUAAUAAGGAGAAUAGUUUGGGCAAUGGGGACGGUGGAAGUAUGAUGAUGGCCAGCGAGGAGCAGCAGCUGCUGCCCAAGCACCAGCAACAACAACAGCAGCAGCAGCAAUCAGUUCCCCAGUACCAUCAUCUACAUCAGCAACAGCAGCAGCGACUGAACAGCAAAUUCCAGAAGCAGCCCAACUUCAUUGCCAAUGGUGGUCUGCCGAAUAUACGAGAGAAUGGUAACCACAAUGGCGAUCACCAUGGCUCGGAGUGCGGCAAUUAUCAGCCUCCGGCACCCUACACCGGCAGCACCAACUAUGGACGCGGCUAUGCGCCAUUGCAGCAUAAUAAUCACCAGCAGCAGCAGCAGCAUCAGCAGCAUCAGCAGCAUCAGCGCUCGCUGUCCUUCAGUUCGAUGGGAGCGUGUACAACAACAGCAGGACAUAACUCCGGUUCUGGAUCCCCACCAGCCCUGAUAGCAAUUGCACCUCAGUACCAACACCAGCACCAGCUUGAAUUCCAAAACGAACUCCAAUUAAAGCAGCAACUACAACUACAACAGCAACAACAACAACAACAAGCACCUCAACCCAUUCCUCUGGUAACGUUGCGAGAACAAUUUAAUAUUAUUGAAAACCCCAGUGGUAAGCAGCAACAGCAGCAGCCCCCCAACUAUGGCGGCAGAUUUCAUGCCAGUGCUGGGCCAACGCUGGGUAUGGGUGUGGGUUUUGGUGUCGGUGCCGGUGUCGGUUUCGGUGUCGAUGUGCCCGACAUAACUGGUGGCAUGGCGUUGAGGCACGAUAUGCAUGCAUCCCCCGUGGGCGUUGGGGCGCGCAAUUUCAUGACACCAUCGCUGCAGCAUGGCCAACUUAACCAGCCUCAGUUCCACAAGCAUUCCCAUCCACAUCCGCAUCCGCUAUUACAUCAUCUGCAUCACUCACAUCAACCUCAAGCAUCUCAGCCAUCUCAGCCAUCUCAACCAUCGUCAUCGUCGUACAGCAUGAGCGGCAAUCUGAGCUUAAAUUAUGGCAACUGCCGCGAAAACGAGCCGCUAUUGCAUGCCAACGCCGGUGCACCGGUGGCCAAGAUAAUACCAAUGCAGCAUGCGCCAAAGUAUGAGCCACCUCGUUACACCUGUCCCAACUCCAUGUUGUCACUGCAGCAGCAGAACCAAAAACACCAGCAACUACUACAGCAUCAGCAGCAGCAGCAGAAGGCAUCCCUGCACUACCAACCGACACAACAUCAGCAGUACGCGCUUUACUCGCAGCAGCCACCGCUGCCCGUGUUGCCACCUAAGCCCGCCUCCACCGUUUCCACCGACGCUGCCAAGCACCAUACGGCGCCGCAGCGCAACUGCAAUUACUUGAAGCCGUUGCCAAAGCUGCCCACCGAAAUGGAAGAGAGCCGCGAUAUGUCGUCCAACGAUGAUCUCAGCUCGCGUCCCCACUCCCCUUCCAUGAGUUCCUCCGAUGAGAGCUACUCGAAAACGACUGAGGGCGAGGGGGAAGGAGACAGAGACUCACCUCGGGUAGGCAGCACUCAUCUGCAGCGCAGUGUGCUCCCAAGCAUGCCAAAUCCAAAUCCACUGCAAUGGCUCUAUCCCUGCGACAUACAGGUUGAUCUCGAUGCCACCUCGCCCGUAAUAAACAUUAACAACCUGAAGGAUUACGAGGUGAGCUCCACAACGGAGAGCCACGGCCAGCUACCAACCACAAGUAGCAUGCAACAUAAGGGUGGCAGCUUUGACUAUGAGAGUGCACCACACAAAGCGCUGGUGGCAGCGGCAGCCGCUGCAGCAGCCUCAACUUCGGUCAAGUCACCAUUUGAGAGGGAAUUACAAAGACUACUAAAUGGCUCGGCCCGCACACGACCCGGCGUACCAACGACCUCACCAGCGUUAUGUGGUGAUGGCAAUGCAACCACAUCGGCCUCAGCCGACGGCGCUGACCUCACGGGCAACCACAGCAGCAGUCGCCCCAACAUGGAACUUUGCUACUCGGCCAGCAACAGCAAGCUCAGCUCCACCAAUGGAGUGACGGCGGCUAGCAGCAACGGGAAUCUCAGUGGCGGCAGCAAUUCAAUUAGCGGAAACAAUAACCACAAGACGACCAGCACGACAUCCAUUAUGGAUGACCUAAUGUCGCCCACAAGUGGCACCAGCGGUGUUGGGGGCAGCGUACGACAUCCUUCUGGCUCCAAAAUAGCGUCCAGCACCAGCUUCAUGAUAUCCAAGCAUCCUGUGGGCCUGGAGGCCAUCAAAGAGAUCACGCGCAACAAGAAUCCCUCAGAGUCUAGUCAAAUGCAGACCUCCGACACUGAAUCCUGUGAGAUUCUGCACGAGCAGCAGCAGAAUUCGCUAGCCAUGCUGGAUCUGGGCGGACCCGGUGUCGGUUUUAUGCUCAAGGAGCACAACCACCAUCGCGUGCACAGACAGCGACCGCGCUCCAAGGAGCUCAAUCACAGUCAUGAGAGUCUGGAAAUGUUGGACGGUGGCAAUCGUUUCGUGCGACACCACCACCAUCAUCAGCAGCAACGCGCUCGCUACAAUCACGCCGACUAUGGUGAUCGUGAUGAUACUGAGGAUAACCUAGCCGAUGAGGAGUUCGAAGAUGACGAAGUGGGUCGCGACGUGUUUCAUAAGAGGUCGGAAAGUAUUUCCAAACAACAGAGCGAAUGCAAAGCAUCCAAAGAUGAGGAUAACGCGCACGAGGAACUCGAGGACGACGAUGACGACCAGGACCACCAAGUCGGGGACGUUGCGAAGGCAUACAAUAAUGAUGCCCAUUUACACAACGGCCAACGGCACGACGCCGACAGCGUGGCGCUGCUCAACAACGUGGCCUCGCGUCUCGAAGCGAAUGUGAUAAAUGAUGAGCUGAAGUACGGCGCACCACAUCAUAACCAUCAGUCCAUGGACUCUAAUCCGCUAGAGAGUCAAUCGGAGUGGUCAGACGAUGAUUGCCGCGAGGAAGCCACGGGUGGAGCCGAAUCCACUGGCUAUAUUACAGACGAGCCCGGUCUGGAAAACAUUUCCUUGUUGAACGAAGCCGGUCUAACUGACGCUGAGGGCGCUCUCUCCGAUGUUAACUCGCUAUAUAAUGCGCCCGAUGUGGACGACACAUCGGUUUCCAGUCGAGCCAGCUCGCGUCUUCUCAGUCUCGAUUCACUGAGUGGACUCUAUGAUUGUGAUUUGGACUCCAAGCACGAGCUGGCCAUUGUAAAUGCCUCGCACAAAAUUACCAGCAAGUUUGGACCUCAGCAACAACAACAACAGCAGCAACAACAACAGCAAUAGCUAGAAACCUCAAUACUGAACUGUACUUAAAUGAUUUGCAGAAAACUUAUUUCCAUAAGUUUGUGUGCAAAUUAUUUGCCUGUCCUAAGCUGGAGCGCCAUAGACAAGGGUCGCUGGGUCGUUGAAGACCUCAGCCCCCAAACAUUUAAACAUUCAAUGCAAAAUGAAUGAUUUUAAAAAUUGAAAAACGAAUUAAACCGAGUUUAUUUCAAAAAGAAGUUAAUAUGAAAAUAUAUAGGAAAUAGGUAAAAAGAAAAAUGGAAAAAAUGUGCAAACAAAAUCAAAAUUAGUUUAAAGUUCGGUAUCUCAAUGUUAACUCGAAACCUACUUAUUAUUAAAACGAUAAUUACAUGAAUACAUCAUACACCUAUGUAUGUAUAUCUGCACUUUUAAGGAGGAUGUGAAGUUUAACUAAACGCAUACUAAUGAUGUUGUACCAUCUGAUUUAAGAUAUUAUGGUAAUUUGUAAGCAAAAGUAACACUCUUAAGUUUAAGUUUAUGCUUUUAAGAUAUGCGUAUCUUAAGAGGCAGGUAGAUCUUUUUUUUUGUAUAUUAGUGGCAUAUGUAUGUAUGUAUAUCUCUAAGAAUAUGUAUGUACUUAUGUAUGUAUAUAUGUAAAAAUAAAUAAUAGAGCGUACAGAGUUGGCUUUAGUCUGUAGAAUGUGCUAGAUCCAUGCCUUUGCGAAUAUGCCUUUUGUUGGUAUUACGUUUAUUUUUAUACCCUGUACUCAAAGGGUCAAAAGGGUAUACUAGUUUAGUGCGAAUGUGUGUAACACACAGAAGAAGUCGCAAGUCGAUAUAGCGUUUUGAUAGCAACUGUCCGUCUGUAUGAGCUAAAUGAUCUCGGGAAGUAGAAGGGCUACAUUAACACUACUGGGUAUCUAUGUUCCCCAAAGCCUUAGGCAGAUAGAGUUUUGUUUUUUGCACUCCCCGCUCCCGCGCUCUAAGGGAUUUUCCAGAAUCCCCUCAAGGCUUGCAAUUUUUAAUUUGAAUUUAUGUUUUUUUUUUUAAUAUUAUUUUUUUGAAUUGGGUACAGGGUAUUUAAGAGUCCGAUUUUAGCAUUCCAUUCAUGUUUUGUUUUAUCUCUUGGUUUAAGGUAUAGGCACAGAAUAAUCCAUUUAGGUGACUUCUUCAUAAUUGAUAUUUAUAUCUGGCAAUAAUUGAAUAUUGACAAGCUUGUUAUUUGAAAUAAAA